AUUUACCAGAUCCAGUUUUCUGUUGACUCGUGUUAAGAUGGAUCGUGUUUAGUUCAUCUUAUUGCGAAUUGCUCUUUUAGGGCACAACUUAAUAUCUUAGUGGAUAGUCCUUGUCAUCAUUUAAAGUAAUAAAAAUGUUUGUUAAAUAUUCUACUGUUAUUAUUGUGAAAUGAAAUUCGUAUAACAAAACAAUUUCGAUAAUUUGACGUAGAUUGACAACAUUAUCGUUUCGCAAGUAGUUACCACGGAGGUGUCUUAUUUGUGUACAAUUGGUGAAAAACAUUUGCUAUAUUGUGCGGUGGUUAUUGUUUACAGCCACAAUUUGUUAAUCGGUCUAUAGUGUUAUAAAUAAUACGUGUAUUGUGAACGUGGUCAUUAGUAUCGACUCGAUUGUAUGUGAAUGUAAAUUGUGAUAUCGCUCGCGUUUUGUGUUUCGAUUUCGAGCCAUGCUGAUGCUUUAUACGUGUUUCUCCGGUGCUGUCUUUCGGCUGGAGUGUCUACUUCUGCGGCAGUUCGUGAUCGCUGCCCAUCAUGCUGCGACCGGAGUCGCCACUCGCUGACCACCGCAGCCUGCUGCCGCGCCGACUGCUGCCCGUCAAGGCGCAGAUCGCUCCCGCCGACAAACGCAAGAACAGACGCUCCCUAGAGCUCAACCCGCCCAACGAACAUGCCCCAUAUGACUACCCAAAGCUACUCAUAUCGAAAACAACCGACUCCCUUAACACAGAAUGCCCCAGAAAAAUCAUCCACAAGCAAGACUCCACCGAUAGCUUAAAACGAGCUCUGCUCACGAAAGAUGACAAAAAAGCAGCUAAGGAGAUUGACAAAAAGUCUGUCACCAAACAAGACUCCAGCGAGAGUCUAAAAAAAGCACUGCUUUGUAGACAGGAGUCGAACGAUAGUGCGAAACGAAAAGAAUCCGAUCCAAAAUGGACGCAGCGGCAGGAAGACUUAAAAAGGACAGUAGAAGUUAAGCGAGGUAGUGAUAAGAAAGGUCUGUUAGAGACUGAUAUUGACGAUACGUGUAAAAGAAUAUACGAAAGGAGGUCGGGAUGUGCUCGGCCAACUUUACCACCAGUAGCAGAGAAGAGCGUGCCUUCUCAGAAAUCUCCUAAUGGGAGUCCGAAGACUCCCGGAGUGGCGGCAGUCGCGGAAGGCGUGGUCAAGUGGGGCAGUGGACUGUUGUCGCCCAAAGAGGAGCCCAGACUGAGGCCGGCUAGGAGCUGGUAUGGAUACGGGACUCUGCCGACAGAUGGCGAUAAGAUGGGAGCAGGCGCGACGGGCCCGGGCGGGCGACGGGCGCUGGAGUUGCUGCUCAGCAGUGGUCUCAAGUCGCUGGCACGGCCAGCCAGGCCAGUGCGCCGUGCUGCGUCACGCGACUCCGUGCUCUCGCAGCCCCAACCGCUGCUAGAAGGUCUUCGUAAAUGUUCGACCGUGUUAGCGCUAAGCGACCGCGAGCGUGUUGGUGAACGUGUCGGCGAGCCGAUGCGCGCGCACAAUCGUCUGCGAGCGCCCUCCGUCUGCUCCCGAUGCUCCUCGCUGUUGUCUCUCGCAGGUGCUGGAGGAUCUAGGUAUUCUCUGGACGGCGCUGGCGGUGGUUUCGUCCCGGCUGCACCCGUCAACUGCAAGCUGUGCUUGGAGGACACGCCAGCCGACAAGGUCACUGUCAUCCAGGGUUGUGGGUGCUCCUUCUGCACAAAGUGUAUGAAAGCAUAUGUGGAGUUCGAGGUGUGCAAUGGCGCGUACGAGGUUUCAUGCCCGGACGCAUCCUGCCAGGUGUCAAUGGACGUGAGCCGCGCGUUCUGCCCCCGCGCCGGCUGCGACACUGUGGUGACAGUACGAGCCGCGAGCCCCGCGCAUUGCCCUACCUGCCGGCAUGAAUUCUGCUCACAGUGUAACCAGGAGUGGCACGGCGAUUUGUCAUGCGAGGCAGCGGCAUCAUCGUCAGGCGUGGGCGCACCAUUGCUAGCCGAGUCGGAGCUCAUCAAAUUGUGUCCGAUUCUGUUAUUACAGGACGACUUCCUCCUGCGCCAUUACGACAAGGGACCCUGCAAGAACAAGCUGGGACAUUCAAGGGCCUCCGUUCUGUGGCACCGCGCUCAGGUGGUGGGUAUCUUCGCUGGCUUCGGGCUGCUGCUGCUGGUGGCCAGCCCACUGCUGCUGCUGGCCGCGCCCUGCAUCGUCUGCUGCAAGUGCAGACUAUGUAAUCCAAAUACGAAGAAUCUGGAAGAAGUAGAGGAGAUCGAGAGCAUCAGUCCGGCGCGUGAUGACGACGACGAGGAGAUAACGCGCGCUACACGCUACAUCUCCGACUGACGUAGGCACACUUACUAAAUAUUUGAUUGUUGCGAUACUGGAAAUGUGUUUGCCUGUAAUGUGGACUUGUCAAAGAAAUAUGGACACAGUGUUGUAAGCAUUAAGGUCUAAUUCUAAUUGUGGUUAAGGUUUACAAUUGUUUUCUCCAAUUGCCAUAGGGUUGACUUUGAAUUUGAACUGUUUUAGAAUAUGUGAAAAAUAUGCGCUAAUGUUUUAGAUAGAAAUAUUGAAAUUUUCUCGUUUAAAUGUAGGUAAUGCAGUUCAAUUUUGUUCAAAAUUUAUAAAAAAUAAAUUACUCCAAUUAUGAAAUCAGAAUUGUUAAAUUCAAAUUAAAGGAAAGAUGAAUUAUCAAUAAAAAAUACUGAAAUUAAAAAAUCUCUCAAUAUUUAGACUACUACAGACUUCAAAAUGACUUUAAAAUAAUUAGGACUUCCAGUUUUGUAUAAAAACUGUAGAAAAAAACGAAACGUAAAAAACAACGCUUAUCAAAUAAACAUCACAGAGUAAAAAUAUGUCAUAGAUUAAAAGUAUUUGAAAAUCUGUAUAUUAAGAUGGUUGACUGAUGUUUUUCGUUACCUUUAAUUUCACUGCAUAAAUGCAUAAAGACAUACUGUUAUCUCGUAUUUUGUACAUUGGACGUGAGAAUUCUGAAAAAAAUAAUAAAAAUAUCAAAUCUACCACUAUAACAUUUUUUCUAAUUUUUUUUAAUUUUUUCUAAUUGCUAAUUUCUCGAUGUUUUCGAGAUUCUAAAUUUUUUUUUAAUGUCGUUGUAUAAGAAAGUUUCGUCAAUCAGUUUUUUUUUUUUUAAAUUAGGUUUUAAAUGAAUGAAAGAGAUGACAGUAUGUGUUGUGUCUGACACGCAAGACUUGAGACUGAAGAAUGUUAAAGCGGCAAGUGCCAAGAAAGCUUUUUACUUUAAAGUUAUUUUAUGAUGAAAUGUACUUUUAGUUUACUAUUCGGUUAUUGAAUAAACGCGUUAAAAAAGCUUCUGAAUAACUUAAGUCAGUACUUCAUGUUAGUCAUAAAGAGGAUUGAUUCUGAUAUCGUAUAUUUUUGUAAAACAAACCCCAGAAUACAGAUUUAAUAUAUUUUUAGUUUGGCAUAGAUGUAUAAUCUAUAGACGGAGAUAGAAGUUUGGCGUUUAAUUUAAUCAAAUUUCAAAUUAGAUGUCUGUAUUGCAAAUGGCAACAUUGAAAGUAUUUUCUA